AUGCUGCAGUCGUCGCUGCAGGGCCUGCCGCCGCUGCCGCGCAGCCUGUCGGCGGCCUCCACCCCCACGGCCGCCCCCAGCGCGGCCCCUGCGCCCGCCCCCGCCGCCCCCGGCCGCCAGCUGCCCGCGGUGCCGCGGCAGGCGCGCCUCCAGGCUCCGCCUCCGCCGCCGCUCAGCCUGCCCGGCCGCGCGCCGCCUCCCGCCCCCGCACCCUCUCUGCCCCCGGCGCAACCGCCUCCGCCGCCCCCAACACACCGCAAGACGCCGCCCGUCACUGGCCUGGACGCACAGCUGGCCAUACUGCGCAACGAAAUGUUUGGGCUAAGGCAGCUCGAUCUCUCUCUGCUCUCUCAACUGUGGUCACUUAAUGAGAGCAUCCAGGAGUUCCGGCAGUUGCUGCAAGAACAAGAUGAGCGAUCACCACCCUCUCCCAGCUCAGCCGACGAAGAGUUCUACUCACCACUGCCAGCAGUGCGGUACCCUCCACUUUCUGCUGUACCUGAACAGUACCGUCUCUCCUCAAGCUCCUCUGGUUCCAGUGUUGAGUAUGGUGAUGUGUGACUUGCACAUGCUGUGGCCUGUUUGUGUGGUGCAAAACUGUUGAGUACUAGUGAAAUUGCAAACAUAUUUCCUGCAAGGUAAAUGACUGUCUUUCUGGGUAGGAUGUUGACAGAUGUACUGCUGCAAUCAGUUUCCCUUCUUGUGUCGACGGCAUACGGUUUGAUGGUGCCAACGGAAUUGACUGAUGUUGUGUACUAAAAAUGAUAUCUCACACAUAAUGUUAAGAUAAGAGCUGUUCUAAUACAAUGCAUUGCUUUGCAUUUAGAUGUGGUUAUGUGGGAGGAAAUCUGUUUUGUUAAACCCCUACAUUGCAGGAAAGCUGAAAAUUUUGUUUGCAUAUAAAUCUUAAACCUCAUGAUUUGGGAGACUGCAGAUAAUUGUGAUUUAUUGUUUGAUGGUGGUAAUUGCACUUAAUAUUAUUUUAAUUGCAGGAAUCCAGUUUUUUCUGGUUGAAUAGUAUCAGACUUUGUUACUUAAGGUUUGUAAUGCAGAGUGAAGUCUGUUUGAUUAUGCAAGGAGAAAUAUUAUUUUAAUUGCAGGUAUCCAGUUAUUUUCUGGUUGAAUAGUAUUAGACUUUGUUACUUAGGGAUUGUGAUGCAGAGUGAAGUCUGUUUGAUCAUGCAAGGAGAAAUACAACUUAAAUUGUUGAAAUGGUAGGUAUUUGCCUGUUAUGUCCUGUUGUUUGGUGCCUCUGUUGUCUGUGGUUAGCCACUAUUUGAUUCUCCACCUCUUUCUUGGUCUAUCUAUUGGUGUUUUCCUUAUUGGCCAAUAACUCAUUAUCAUCUUAAGCCUCCUGUAUUUCAUUCUCGUUUCAUAAUCUCUCCAUUCAGUUCUGUAGUUAAUGAUCUGUUCGUUUAUGCUUUUAACUCAUAGUUCAUGUCUGACUGUUAUACUCCUUAUCAUAUCAGAUGGUCUAUAACAACCUGCUCUUCUUAGAAACCUCAUUUAUGCAGCUACUCUUCAGCACUCAUUUCCAGGUGUUAUUGUCAGAGUUUCACUGCCAUAAAGUAUAGACAGUAUUCCCACUGUUUUGUAGAACUUCAUUAGAGUUCCUUCUCUCACCAUUUUACUCAUUGUCAUGUAUAUAGUCCCAUCAAUAUAAAUGAACCUUUUUUUGGUAUGUCUGUUUUGUUGUGAGAGAGACUUUUGUACACAGAAAACUCAACAAGUGCUGAAUUACUAUGUAAAGAGUCAAUGGCAACAUUUUGUAACGCAAUGUGUGGUGCAAAGGAUUGCAUAAUUGAAAUUCUUUGUUUUCAUUUCUUGGUCAAUGCUUUUAUUAUUUAUUGCAAAAUGAAAACAAGUAGCUCUAUUUACAUGUUAACUGUGGCCUAUAUAGUAUUAAGAUUUUCAAACAUGGAAAAUCGAGGAUGGAAUGUUAUGAAGAGGAUAGUAGCACCUCACCGUAUGGUGGAGAUGCUGAAUCGCUGAUCGCUGAUAGGCACAACAAAAAGUUUGUCACACAAUAAGCUUUCAGCCAACAAGGCCUUUGUCAAAAGCGUGUGUGUGUGUGUGUGUGUGUGUGUGUGUGUGUGUGUGUGUGUGUGUGUGUGUGUGUG